AUGAAGAGUGAGUUCAAGCAGCAGUUCUACAAGGAUCUGGCAGAAGAUCCUGGGCUGUCGAACCUCGAUCGCAUUGAAGCCUUCGUGGUCAGCUCAAUCACUGUCCAACGGAUGGAGGAGGAGCGCGUCCGCAAGGGUGGCAAGUACCUUCCGCUGAGGAAGUGGGCGCACGACGGCUUCGACGCGAAAAAGAUUGAAGAUAAUGUGCAGGAUAAGAGGUGGAACCCUGAUCUCGGGGAGUGGACGUACAGGCCGCAAUUGGAGGCGGCCUGGAGCGAGACAGUGGAGGCCGCAGUGCGCAACGAGCUGUACACCGAUAAGAGGACGCAGGCGAAGCAGAGCGGCCCGCGGGCAGCGGCCUCGACGGGCGUCGCAGAGCACGGCGGCGACAAGGGCGACAGAAGCGACGAGAGCGACAUGUCCAGAUCCAGGAGCCGCUCGCGCGGCGACCGCGACAGGAGCAAGAGCCGCCGCAAGGGCAGGAGCAAGAGCCGCGGCAAGAGCAAGGACAGGAGCAAGAGCAGGGAUAAGGACGCUGAGAAGGAGCGGAGGCGACAGGAAGCGAGGGAGAAGGCCGAGCAGGCCAAGAAGGAGACGCAGGAGAAAAACCUGGCGCUGAAGUGGAUCGGCACCGCAACGAGGCUCGAGACAGAGCUGGACGGGUACCUCGAGCAUGAGAAGGCGGACAAGGUGCCGUCAUGGGCUGUGAAGAACGCGAAGGCGGCGAGGAAGUCUGUGGCAGUCAUGAAGGCGGUGGCGCAGAAGCGCGUGCACAGCGGCGUGGCGUUGACGAUCACGCAGGACGAGGCCAUCAGCAUCCAGAAGGAUGCGAGCUCGGCGGCGAGGGCCAUCGCGGGGAUGCUCAAGGAGGCGCAGAAGCACAGCACCUGA